ACAUGUGAUAACAAGAAGAGAUAUCGUCUCGGAGAUCGAAAUUAGUCUUUAUUACGAUAUAUGCUGCAAAUUUGUUGAACCUCGACUCAAUUGGAUUCGUCGACCGUACAUUUAACGAAACUAUUGCUAAUAACAUAUGCUAAUUCGAGAUGACAAUGCAAAACUUUAUGGAAAUAGUUCAUUCUCUUCAUUGAAAUUUCAUUGCAGUUGAUAAUGAAAAGCGACGAUUAAGUUGCAAAUACGUCGAGGAAACAUGUGCAGAUGUUACGGACUACUAUUGGGUGGAUGACAGGUUCUUCAAGGAUGGAUCCCAGCAAGAAAUCAGAGACGGUUAAUAGCAGUCAGAGCACAGUCGCACAAUCUGAAGGCUCGGAUUCUAUAGAGGUAGACAAUUCGCGUACAGUUUUGUUAAAAAUAGCAACGCUGUAUGCGGAACGUCUUAUGAACGACAUCUGUCUUGUUGUGGAUGGUGUGGAAUAUCCAGCACACCGACUUAUACUCUGUGCUUCUAGCGAUGUUUUCCAAGUGAUGUUGAUGAGUCCACAAUGGAGUGAGUCUCAAGAAAGCAGGGUAACCCUUCAAGAAACGCCUCAGUGCGCGCCAAUAUUCAGUGAAUUUUUGCGCUACUUUUACACUGGUCAAAUAAGAAUAAACUAUGGAGUUGUUCUACCUAUAUUAUCUCUAGCCGAUAAGUACAAUGUCAAAGAUUUGAUAUUGUUGUGCCUUGACUACAUGCGAAAUCAUAUUGCGCUUGCUGCCAUACAUGGCACUCUGGUAUCGUGGCUGCAAUACACAUUGAACUGUGGUCAUCACGACAUUAGCCAAGCGUGCCAAAACUUCAUCAAGUGGAACUUGGGGCUUGUGGCCAAAACCGCGGACUUUGGGAAUUUCGAUUUAGAUAUCCUAGUAUCGUUGUUGCACCAAAGCAGUUUAGUCAUAAAGGAUGAGAUGACGCUCUACAAGUGCCUAGAAUUUUGGUUGGAUCAUCAGGCAGAUCGAUUGAGAGCGCAGUUGUCGCCGGAGGAAUUAGAGGCGACGUUGCAUCAACUGGUGAUAGCAGUUAUGUCACCCGUUAGAUUCCCGAUGAUGUCCCCGCGACAAUUAGCCGACCUACUACUGUCGCCGUUGACAAAAAAAUAUAAGGAAUUUUUCGUAGAACGUAUGUCAAUCGGCAUGUCCUUCCAUUCGGGUCAAACGGACAGAGUGAGAGAAGUGAGUCUUAGUGAGGAGGACGGCGCUUUGCUGUUCGAACCGAGAUUGUACACCGUCGAUACGUGCAGCUCGUUACUGACCAUAGAAAACUUUCACGGUCUGCCAUCAUAUCACACGAGGACACUUGUGUUUUCCAGUCACUCCAAUUUAGCGGAAUACGCCGGCGACAAAACUUGCGAGUGGGUGGUAGAUAUCUAUCCUAAGGGUGUAUGGUUCAAGAAAUUUUUCCUCAUAGUAUGGCAAGGUACGGUAGAGAUGCCCGAGCAUGUGAAGCGAUCGGUGAGAUUGUCGUUAACGUGCAAAGAGCCACCGAUGAACAGUCACAUGCGCGUAAAGAUCGGAGUUUUGAUUUACGGUUUGCAAGAUGGAGUUGAACAUAUCGCGAGAGUCACCGAAAUCAUUCACAGAUUCAGUAGAAAGGAUCGCGUUCUGAAUCUGGACGAUCUUCUGCCGUUCGAGGAACUCAAUCCGCAACAGGGCUCGGUAUCGGAAAACGUGGUGUCUCCUUUCUUAGUGGGUCCCAACAAAGACAUGCUCAAAUUACAUAUUGUUAUAUCGCCAGCCAAUUAGCGUUUACGACGUCACAUUACAUGUAUCAAAGUAGAAAAUCACAGCGAGAAAAAUGUUGUUUACAUUCUAUGUUUUUCCAAGAAUGAAAGAGGAUAUUAUGAAUUUUAUGUGUUUAUAUCAUGCAACUACGUUUAUUUUCUUUUUUCUGUUUCUUACGUGUAAAUAUUUUUCCAAUAUUUUUCCAAAUACGGAUAUUGACGAAGUUAACAUGUAGUACACACACAUAUAAUUGCUUCUUCUCUAUAUAUCAUAUAUAUUAUUUUCGAAAUUUUAAAUAUUGAUCUUAAGGAAACGCUGAUAUAAAAAAUAAUAUCUUAAUGAGGUAUAUUACAUUACGAAUGUAUUGUCAAAUGUGCGAUAUACUUGAAUAAAAAAUUUUAGUAGCCCCUGCUGCCAUACUGUUAAUGUGAUUCGUUACAUAUAAACUCCUCCUACGAUUUUGUCUAAUGUCUGUAAGAUACGAAUGUGUGUACUGUAUAUAGCUGAGAUGCGAAUAUUAUUUUAGUCACAAAUUAUGUGGUUAUUGCGUGCACAAAAUGCGAUAACAUGCAGAAUGCGAGCGCACUUUAUGAACACAGAUACAUAUGUUAAUAUAGACUUGUGUAUAUUAGUUCUAACUCGCAAACCGAUAUUACAUUUUUUCUAACGAGGUCGCCAAUAAAAUGUGUAUGUAAAAAUU